UACAAAAGACUUUGUAACAGGGGAACUAAGUUAGGAGUUCAGCCACAGCAAAGCAAAUCCAGAGAAGUACAGGAAAGAAAGAAAAAAAAAUCACUUUCAGCUCUGGGCUCCACUACUAUCCUAAGUCUGUCAUGUAACAGAUUUUUUUCAUCAGAGAAAGCAGCUUUUCAUCAAAAACUUUCUUCUGAAAUAAGACAACCCCAUCUCAAACUGCUCCAGAAGAAAAGGCAUAAUGUAUAAAGGUUUCUACUCUGGGAAGGUUUUCCCUUCACGCAGUCAUUACCAAUGUGCAGCAAAACAACUCUAACAUUGCUAAAGAGAAGCAGCAACAUAAAAACGACUGAAUUAAGGCUGAGGACAAAUGGACUGUUAACAGAGUUCUCCCCCAGAAGUUAUAAGGUUUUUCUGCUUAACCUCCUGGAUUACACAAACACAUGCGUACUUCUUAAGAGGUUGUUCACGUUUCACAACUCUAAGUCAUGCUGGGAAAGAAGUUGGUGACUGCACAAAAGCGAGGGGAGACAAGAGCCCUCUGCCUGGGACUGGGAAUGGUUGCAUGUUCCAUGAUGAUGUACUUUUUUAUUGGAAUCACCAUUGUGCCAUUUUACACUAAGAGUGUUUGGACAACAGAAACUGUGUGCAAGGUACUUAAAGUCAACAUCAAGGACAAAGUUUUCUGCCCAAACAGCGAAGGCUCAGAGGAUGAGGAAAUCUUUCCUUAUCCCUGUCUACAGGUGUGGGUUAAUCUGACAGCCUCAGGACAGGAGGUUAUGCUCUACCAGACUGAAGAUACACUGGAACGAAAUCCUGAGUGCUCAUACGUCCCAGACAAGUUGGAGAACUCUAAAGACGUUAAGGCACGAAUAGAAACAAUUGCAAGCAAUUUCAAAAAAUACCAGACUUUCCCAUGUUACUAUGACCCAGGAGGAGCACAGACCAACGUCAUUUUAAGCAGACUUUAUCCCUCCAAAGGCCUUCUCUUUGCUUUCCUCUGGCCUACGCUCAUGUUUACUGGCGGAUGUCUGAUUAUUGUUCUGGUAAAAAUUAGUCAGUAUGUUUCUGUUCUUUCUGCUUGGCAGUAAAAAAUACAUAUCUAGCAAAGAUUGUUGCAAUUGUAGGAAGAUAUUAACGUGCAUUUGUUCUGCCUUACUGGCAUUUUGUGACUCUUAAUAUACCAGGUGUCGAUUCAAGGGCAGGCAUUCCAAAAAAUUGAAUAGCAACCAUCACAGAUGGCAACCCAUUAUGCAAGGACAAAAUAUAAAACCAAUUCCCAGGAAUGCCUGAAAAUACAUAAUAAACACACAGACUUAGUUAUUCUGUUGUUUCCUUGAGCUUUAGGAGAUGCGGCUGCUUUACAAAGCUACUAUUCACAUUUACUACUAAACUCUUUCACAUUUUAGAUGGAGUGCUAGUUUUCUGUCUGGUUGAGAUCAGUUAGUGCCAGAUCCAUAUACAUCAUCACUGGCAGACACACCCUUUAUACCCUUAUACACUAAUAGAGUAUGUACUCAUGGCAUACUCAUCUGUUGAGAAAAGCAGCUUUGUUAUGGUGCAAAAAAGGUGUAUUUUUUAUCAUGGAUCUUGGGAAAGGGAAGAGAGAAAGCCCCUCAAAACAAAAACACACAUACAGACUCUACAAAACUUGCACUCUAAUCAUCUGACGCCAAUUGUAUAUAAAGCAAUAUAUGCAUAAAAUACAAGGUAUGGUAUAGAAGCCUAUACUAAAAGUAUGUUUUUCUAUUGAACUCAAAUCUUAGCCUUGCCUUAUUUGAAACAAGUGUGCCACUCAAGGAAGAUUACGUGGCUGCCACUUGUAUAGAUUAUAAAACUGAUACAAAAAGGAAGUUAUGAUAUAAGGAAUGUAGUGUCCUGGUUCUGGCCAAGACAGGGUUAAUUCUGCAGUAGCCCAGAGGGCCUGCAUGGCCAGGACCCAGAGGUUAUUCUGUAGCACCUCACCUCCUUUUCUGGGAAAGAGCUGCCUGCCAGCUGGGGUAGCAAAGCAGAGGGAAUGGUCAGGUAUUGUCAGGAGUGAGAACUCUGAUAGAAAUCGUUUCCUGUACACUCUUUUAUUAGUAUUGUUGCUAUUACUGUUCAUUGUCUUUUCAUUGAUGUUUCCAGUAAAUUGCUCUUAUCGCAACCCAUGAUGUUUGCAUUUUGUGCCUCCAGUACUCCUCUCCAGAUCUAAGUGGGGAAGAGGAGAGGGGAGAAGCAAGCAGCUCGUGGUUUGUCAUGUUUUUGUAGGAACACUUAAUUGAGGAAUACCAUUCUUAAACCACAAGUGAAAUACAUCUCUGAUGUCUUAAUAAACUAGCACCAAGAUAUUUCACAAAAAAGAUAUGUUUGUUUCCAGAGCCAAGACAUCUAGGAAUGUUCUGGUGCAUG